AACAUUUAAAAAAGAAAAAGGUGGCCAAAGAAAGCAGAAAUGUAGAACAAAAACCAGAUUGAUCCUUUCAAAGCUGCUUCUCUUGUGAGGCGUGGAGAGGGAGACACCACUUAGAAAGUAAUCAGUAGGUUCAUGUCUGGUUGGUUUGCGUAAGGAUUUGGCUAUUAUCUCUGAGAUUCUUGUUUACUGCUUCUAUUUACAAAAUGGAUUCUUUUACUACUUCUACUUUGAACAUACAUCAGGCACUUGGUUUCAGUUUGGUGAUAUGGACUUUAGCGCGGGUGACUCCAUUUUCGUUUUGAUCCGUGAGAGAUAAGCAGGAACUUAGUCCAUAGCAAUGAGAUCUUAUAAUUUUUAUUUUAGGGCCCCCGAGGCCCGCACACGAGCCCGGCCAGUGGGACCCCAGCCCGACCCCAGCAGUCCGCACAAAAUGUCGGCCCGGACUGCAUUGCCGACACUGAAGGGGCGGGGCAUGGAGAAUCAUACAUCUGUGGGUGGAUACACUGAGCCACACAUCCAGCCUACCAAAUCAAGUAGACAGAACAUCCCCCGCUGUAGAAACUCUAUUACAUCAGCAACAGACCAACAGCCUCACAUUGGAAAUUACCGUUCACAGAAAACAAUAGUGAAGGGAAAUUUUGCCAAAGUGAAAUUGGCAAGGCAUGUUUUAACCGGUAGAGAGGUUGCUGUGGAAAUAAUAGACAAAGCUCAGCUAAAUCCUACCAGUCUACAAAAGGCGCAUUAG